AUGGAAGAGUCCUUCAAUAAACAAUUCAGAUCGGAGCUCCCAGCCCUUUCGGCUCCGCGCACUCCAUCAGAUGAAAUGGAAGCUACUAAGAAUAAUAAUGAUGAUCAACCGUGGUUCCCUUCCAAACGAAACGUAUCCAUGGUUCACCGCUCAUUAGCAAGCGGACCCUUGCAGGGCCGUUGGAUUCCGUUUGGAAACCAAACUCAGACGGUCCAAACGGUCAACUCCGGGGUUUCAAAAAAACUUUUACUCCCAGCUAAAAGGAACGCUUGUCCAUUCGCGAAUUCGCUAAAAUAUUCCAUUAUGGGGGUUGGAGAAGCAGAAUGUGCGAAGCGGGCUCGCAAUAAUCUCUAG